GAACCUGAAAGUGAGUUCAGUUGGUUCAGACUCCAUUUUGUGUCGACAGCAGAAGGGUGAGGCAGGACUGAAGAUGAGUGUUAAUGUGGAGGAAGAGGAGGACAGAGCAGAGUCUCCAGUGUCCAGCUGUCUGUCUAUGAAGAGUGACCGUUCCAAGAAUGAACCUAUCUCCUUCAGUAAUGAACCCUCAGACACACAAGUUCAGUCCAACAGACGGAGAACAGAGUCUCCUGUGUCCAGCUGUCUGUCUAUGAAGAGUGACUGGUCCAAAGAUGAACCUCUACACUUCAGUAAUGGACCCUCAGACACACAAGAGAGGAAGAGGAGUCGAGUUCCUGUGGAGGAGCAGCUGUCCUGCUGUGUUUUGUGUCAGGACGUCCUGAAGGAUCCAGUCUCUACCAGCUGUGGACACUGGUUCUGCAGACAGUGCAUCACCUCAUACUGGGACCAGUCUGGUUCACCAGGAGACGCCUCCUGUCCCCAGUGUGGAAAAAGACCCAGAACAAGACCUGGACUGCAGACAGACAAUGAGUCCAGCACUGUACAAAUGAAUGCUGGUCUGCAGGAGGUUUUAGAUGAACAUAAGAUCAGUCUGAGGAGGAGAUGUGAGCGUGUGACUGAAGGAACUGAUGAAACAGGAAGUGGAACCCUCCUCAACAGGAUCUACACUGAGCUCUACAUCACAGAGGGACAGAGUGAAGAGGUUAAUACCCAACAUGAGGUGAGACAGCUUGAGACAGCUUCCAAGAAGAAGACCUUCCAUGAUGCUCCAAUCAAGUGCCAUGAGAUCUUUAAAGCCUUACCUGACCAACAGAGACACAUCAGAGUGGUUCUGACAAACGGCGUCGCUGGAGUUGGAAAAACCUUCUCAGUGCAGAAGUUCACUCUGGACUGGGCAGAGGGCUCGGAGAACCAAGAUGUCAGUCUGGUGGUUCUGCUUUCAUUCAGGGAGCUGAACCUGAUCAAAGAUGAGCAGUACAGUCUUCUCACACUGCUCCAUGUUUUCCAUCCAACAUUACAGAAGGUCACAGCAGAGCAGCUCGCUGUCUGUAAACUUUUGUUCAUCUUUGACGGCCUGGAUGAAAACAGACUUUCACUGGAUUUCCACAACAAUGAGGUUGUGUCUGACGUCACACAGAAGUCUUCAGUCAACGUGCUGUUGACAAACCUCAUCAAGGGGAAUCUGCUUCCCUCGGCUCUCGUCUGGAUAACUUCCAGACCUGCAGCAGCCAAUCAGAUCCCUCCUGAAUGUGUUGACAGGGUAACAGAAGUACGAGGCUUCACUGACGCCCAGAAGGAGGAGUACUUCAGGAGGAGAGUCAGUGAUGAAGAUCUGUCCAACAGAAUCAUCUCACACAUCAAGACCUCCAGGAGCCUCCAUAUCAUGUGUCUAAUCCCAGUCUUCUGCUGGAUCACUGCUACAGUUCUGGUCCACAUGUUGACUACAGACCAGAGAGGAGAGCUGCCCAAGACCCUGACUGACCUGUACUCACACUUCCUGCUGGUUCAGACAAAGAGGAAGAAGCAGAAGUAUGAUGAGGGACAUGAGACGAGUCCACAGGAGCUGAUGGAGGCUGACAGGAAGGUUCUUCUGAAGCUGGGGAGGCUGGCGUUUGAACAGCUGCAGAAAGGAAACAUCAUGUUCUACCAAGAAGACCUGGAGCAGUGUGGUCUUGAUGUCACAGAGGCCUCGGUGUACUCAGGAGUUUGUACAGAGAUCUUCAAAAGAGAGAGUGUGAUCUUCCAGAAAACAGUCUACUGCUUCGUUCAUCUGAGCAUUCAGGAGUUUCUGGCUGCAGUCUACAUGUUCCACUGUCACACCAACAGGAACACAGAGGUACUGAAGGACUUCCUGGAGGAAAAACAUGUUGAUUCAACUCUAGAUGUUUUCCUGAGGAGUGCAAUGAUGAAAUCCUUGAGGAGUGAAAAUGGCCACCUGGACCUGUUUGUUCGCUUCCUUCAUGGCCUCUCUCUGGAGUCCAACCAGAGACUCUUAGGAGGCCUGCUGGGUCAGACAGACAACAGUCCAGAAAUCAUCCAGAGAGCCAUCAACAACCUGAAGAAGAUGAACAGUGGUAAUAUCUCUCCUGACAGAAGCAUCAACAUCUUCCACUGUCUGAUGGAGAUCAACGAUGAUUCAAUCCAUCAGGAGAUCCAACAGUUCCUGAAGUCAGAGAACAGAUCAGAGAAGGAACUCUCUGAGAUCCACUGCUCAGCUCUGGCCUACAUGCUGCAGAUGUCAGAGGAGGUUCUGGAUGAGUUGAACCUGCAGAAGUACAACACAUCAGUGGAGGGACGACAGAGACUGAUUCCAGCUGUGAGGAACUGCAGAAAGGCUGUACUUUCUGACUGUGGACUCUCAGAGACUCACUGUGAAGUCGUGGUCUCAGCUCUGAAGUCCAACCCCUCCCAUCUGAGAGAGCUGGACCUGAGUGGGAACAACAAGCUGCAGGAUUCAGGAGUGAAGCUGUUGUGUGUUGGACUGGAGAGUCCACACUGUAGACUGGGGACUCUGAGAUUGAGGGACUGCAGUUUGUCAGAGAUCAGCUGUUCUUCUCUGGUCUCAGCUCUGAAGUCCAACCCCUCCCAUCUGAGAGAGCUGGACCUGAGUAAAAACAACCUGCAGGAUUCAGGAGUGAAGCUGCUGUGUGGUUUUCUGGAGAGUCCACACUGUAGACUGGAGACUCUGAGAUUGAUUAACUGCAGGUUGUCAGAGAUCAGCUGUUCUUCUCUGGUCUCAGCUCUGAAGUCCAACCCCUCCCAUCUGAGAGAGCUGGACCUGAGUGACAACAACCUGCAGGAUUCAGGAGUGAAGCUGCUGUGUGGUUUUCUGGAGAGUCCACACUGUAGACUGGAGACUCUGAGAUUGAGGUACUGCAGUUUGUCAGAGAUCAGCUGUUCUUCUCUGGUCUCAGCUCUGAAGUCCAACCCUUCCCAUCUGAGAGAGCUGGACCUGAGUGACAACAACAAUCUGCAGGAUUCAGGAGUGAAGCUGCUGUGUGGUUUUCUGGAGAGUCCACACUGUAGACUGGAGACUCUGAGAUUGAGUGGCUGCAGUUUGUCAGAGAUCAGCUGUUCUUCUCUGGUCUCAGCUCUGAAGUCCAACCCCUCCCAUCUGAGAGAGCUGGACCUGAGUAUCAACGACAACCUGCAAGAUUCAGGACUGAAGCUGCUGUGUGGUUUUCUGGAGAGUCCACACUGUAGACUGGAGACUCUGAGAUUGAGGGACUGCAGUUUGUCAGAGAUCAGCUGUUCUUCUCUGGUCUCAGCUCUGAAGUCCAACCCCUCCCAUCUGAGAGAGCUGGAGCUGAGUGACAACAAGCUGCAGGAUUCAGGAGUGAAGCUGCUGUGUGGUUUUCUGGAGAGUCCACACUGUAGACUGGAGACUCUGAGAUUGAGGAACUGCAGUUUGUCAGAGAUCAGCUUUUCUUCUCUGGGCUUAUCUCUGAAGUCCAACCCCUCCCAUCUGAGAGAGCUGGACAUGAGAGACAACAAGCUGCAGGAUUCAGGAGUGAAGCUGCUGUGUGGUUUUCUGGAGAGUCCACACUGUAGACUGGAGACUCUGAGAUUGAGUGGCUGCAGGUUGUCAGAGAUCAGCUGUUCUUCUCUGGUCUCAGCUCUGAAGUCCAACCCCUCCCAUCUGAGAAAGCUGGACCUGAGUUACAACAACUACCUGAAGGAUUCAGGAGUGAAGCUGCUGUGUGGUUUUCUGGAGAGUCCACACUGUAGACUGGAGACUCUGAGAUUGAGGGACUGCAGUUUGUCAGAGAUCAGCUGUUCUUCUCUGGGCUCAGCUCUGAAGUCCAACCCCUCCCAUCUGAGAGAGUUGAACCUGAGUUACAACAAGCUGAAGGAUUCAGGAGUGAAGCUGCUGUGUGGUUUUCUGGAGAGUCCACACUGUAGACUGGAGACUCUGAGAUUGAGGAACUGCAGGUUGUCAGAGAUCAGCUGUUCUUCUCUGGUCUCAGCUCUGAAGUCCAACCCCUCCCAUCUGAGAGAGCUGGACCUGAGUUACAACAACCUGAAGGAUUCAGAUGUGAAGCUGCUGUCUGAUCUUGUGGAGAGUCCGCACUGUAGACUGCAGACUCUGGGUCAGUAGAGGGUCUGAGUCAGUCCAUGCUGGUUCCAACAGUCUUGGACUAAACACAGAUCCAGUAUUUGCUGCUUUCCUCAGUGAAGCUGUGAGAGGAGAAUGGGGACAGGCUUUAGGAUUGGACAGACAGACAAACAGACAGACAAACAGACAGACAGACAGACAAGACAGACAAGACAGACAGACAGACAGAGAGACAGAGAGAGAACAGUCAGCCAAUCAGAGAGCCAGAAGCUUGUUGUGAUCAUGUGUUUGAGUUGAUGUGAAGACGACUGUUGUUGUUGUGUUCAUGUGUUCAGGAAAUAAAGUGGAUUCCAGCUGACAGCAUUACAAGAUGUAUAGAGACAGUGGUCCUCAUUCAUCCAGUCUGAUCUCACACUGUUUGUUCUCUCAUUUCUACACUGAUCAGUUGGUCUUUGUCACAGCUCUGAGAUCAGUCUGACUGAAGCCUGCAAACAACCAUCAUUACAUUUAGUGACCAUGUGGUCUUUGUACAGACCAGGACCUCUGCUGGAGUCCAGUACCCACAGCUGAUGUGUUGCUGUUCAGUCUUUGUAUGAACAUGUAGGACCUUUAACAUCAGACAUAUAUCUGUCCAUUUGUCUCUUGUUUGUCCAAAUAGUUUGAAUAUUUACACAUUUGUCCUGUAAGAUUUCAGAUGAAACAUUCAAAUGUGACUGAGACUGUGGUUUUUAUCAGCUUUGAACCCUAACAGCAGUAAAUGCAUCAUUCCAGUGGGCAGUGAAUGUCUGUUUCUGCAGUAAUGAUGCAUUCAGGGACUCUCAGCACUUUAUUUCCACUGUGUACUUCAGUGAAAUCUGCAGAGUCAGCAGACUUGAUGUCCAAAGUGUCUGCAGGUCUGUGAGCUUCAGCUCAGUGUGUUCACUCCAAUACGUUAACAUGAAUUCAAUUCAAUUUUAUUUGUAUAGCGCCAAUUCAUAACAGAAGUUAUCUCAGGACACUUUUCAAAUAGAGCAGGUCUAGACCGAACUCUUUAUAACAUUAUUUACAGAGACCCAACAGUACCACCAUGAGCAAGACCUUGGCGACAAGGGCAAGGAAAAACUUCCUGUUAAAAGGCAGAAACCUAGGACAGAUCCUUCGGCUCUAGGUGGGUGGUCGUCUGUCUUGACCAGUUGGGGUGAGAGAGAGAGAGAGAGAGAGCGACAGACAGACAGAGAAAGAGAGACAGAGAAAGAGAGAGGCAGAGAGAGAGAGAGAGGCAGAGAGAGAGAGAGAGGCAGAGAAAGAGAGAGAGAGAGACAGAGAGAGAGAGAGACAGAGAGAGAGAGACAGAGAGACAGACAGACAGACAGACAGACAGACAGACAGACAGACAGACAGACGCGCAGCAACAACAGUAUUGGCAAUGGCAGUCAAGCAGGACCACGGCAGGAGGCUCCACCAGGAUCCAUGAGAACCUGCGAGACGAGAAAGCACAAGAACUCCGGGGAAGAAGUGGAGUUAGUAACAUGCAUUAAUGAAACAUGAAUGAGUGCAGAAAGAGAGAGGAAGAGAGGAGCUCAGUGCACCAUGGGAAAUCCCCCGAUAGUCUAGGCCUAUAGCAGCAUAACUAAGGGAUGGUUCAGGACUCACCUGAUCCAGCCCUAACUAUAAGCUUUAUCAAAGAGGAAUGUCUUAAGCCUACUCUUGAAUGUGGUGAGGGUGUCUGCCUCCCGAACCACAACUGGAAGCUGGUUCCACAGGAGAGGAGCUUGGUAACUGAAGGCUCUGGCUCCUGUUCUACUUUUAGAGACUAUAGGAACCACAAGUAGCCCAGCAUUCAGAGAACAUAGUGUUCUAGAGGGGUAAUAGGGUACUAUGAGCUCUUUAAGAUAUGAAGGGGCCUGACCAUGAAGAGCUUUAUAGGUGAGGAGGAGGAUUUUAAAUUCUAUUCUACAUUUUACAGGGAGCCAAUGCAGAGAAGCUAGUACAGGAGAGAUGUGAUCUCUUUUUCUAGUUCCUGUCAGUACUCGUGCUGCAGCGUUCUGAAUUAAUUGGAGCGUUUUAAUGGACUUAUUGGGGCAACCUGAUAAUAAAGAGUUGCAGUAAUCCAGCCUUGAAGUAACAAAUGCAUGGAUUAGUUUUUCUGCAUCUGUCUGUGAUAGUAUGUGUCUAAUUUUUCUAAUAUUACGUAAAUGAAAGAAGGCAGUCCUAGAGGUCUGCUUUAUGUGGGAGUUAAAUGACAAAUCCUGAUCAAAGAUAACUCCAAGAUUCCUGACAGUGGUGCUAGAGGCCAAGGUAAUGCCAUCUAGAGUGACUAUAUCUUUACUUUACUUACGUGUUUCUAGAAAUUUACUAACUUAUAUUGAACACACAAAACAAUCAGAAAACAAACAAAUGUUAAAUCAUGUAAAUUUGAUUAUCUCUUGUAUUAAAAAGAUUUCUGUUCUGUUUGUACCAUCAACAUAUAUUAAAUAAUUAAAUAAUAACUAUUAUAUGUUUAAAUUAAGGUCAUAUUGUCUCUUUUUAUAUUUGUAUAUAGUGUGUUUUUUUGGUUCAGUGUCAUGCACCAAUAUACAAAUAUAUGAAUGUAAAAACCUGAUUGUUAAUUAAAUUGAUUAAACUAAUGUAACUCCUUAAUUCA